GAAGGAAAUGGAAAUCAGCAUCCGUCAUAGCAACUUCUUCUUUUCUUCAUUUUCUCUUGCGUUUUGUCUGACACUCUGCACAAACAUCUUCUGUGAGCUAAAUUACAAUGCCGCUAAUUAUUCUGCUUCUUCUGCCUGGUGUUCUCAGUAAUCAGUGGAGAGUGAGUUAUGUUUCUCUGAGUCCGGUCUGUGCUGCGAGGGGAUCCAAUGUUUUUAUUAACUGUAGAUAUGAAUAUCCAGAUGGUCAACAAGUACAGCAAGUGCGGUGGUGUUUAGUGAGUUCAAACAAUGUCUUCUGUGCGGAUAAGCCAUAUGUUUAUGAUAGUGAAUCCAACAAUAAUCAAAAAAACUUCCAAUACAUUGGAGACAAAACCUCAAAUUGUUCUCUUUUGAUCAGUAAUAUUGAUCAAACACAUUCUGGAGAGUAUAAAUUCAGAUUUAUAACCGAUAGGGACGAAUGGGCAGGUGAUCCUGGAGUGAAGAUUUUAGUAGACGAUUUAAGAGUGUCCAUGAGCAGGUCAAGAGAAAAUGGAAGCACAAUAGUUGGAGACUCUCUGAUUUUGACGUGCACACUCAGCUGUUCUGGUAAUUUAGCUGAUGUUCAGUGGUUUAAGAAUCGUGAUCUGAUUCGACACUCAGAGCCCGUCCUCACCUUCAGCAGAGUAACAGCUGAAGACUCGGGGAAUUACUCUUGUUCUUUGAGAAACUUUAAAACAACUGUAUCUGAAGAAAUUACCAUUUACAUUGAAGAUGUCACCGGGUCUCCAACCGUUCUGAUUAUUGUGGUGUUUUUAGUCUCUCUUGUUUUCAUCACUGCAGCUGUGAUUCUUAUAAGAAGGAAAGUAAAAACUCAAGUAAAACCAAAGAAGAAGAGAGAAGAAGCCGAGGGUUCUCUUUACUGCACUCUUCAAACAACUGAUGAUGCAGUCUACUCGACCAUCACAAACCCACAUGAAACCAAAGAUGUGCUGCAGGAAGCAUGAGAAUUCAAGAGACACAUCACGGUCACUUUUUUCAUUUAUUUAUUUUUAUUCUGAGCAGUAGUUAUGGAGAUGAUGUGACAUGAUUCAUGAUUCAUCAUAUUUAAGAAACAUAUUUGUCCAUCUUGACAUAAUAUUGCUAGUGAAUAUGAGUUUGUGUGUGUUUCACUGAAAUGAUCUUCUUCAUUUCUAGGUCUGCAAACACAAAGCAGCAAAAUGAGAGUCUGGUUUUGUCUACUUUGUUUUGACCAAAUAUCUUCUUUCUAAGAUAAAACAUGAAAUCACCUACAUUGUGUUUAAUUACUCAGUAAAAUAAACUUUAAUAGAAGUUAAUGAAAAAUCCCUAACAUGAUAGGAAGCAAACAUGUGUCUGCUGUACAGUUUGUGUGUUUUCAGCUCUAAACAUCUCAGAUGUAGAGCUGCCUCAGCCAAAUAUAACUGUUCUUCUUUGAACCUUUAAGAUUGAUAAAAUAAUUUUUGUGGCAGCUGUAAAGGACGAUGUUUAGAGUUGAGAUUAGGCAGUUCAGAUAAAGAAAGCAUUUCCAUAGCAAUGACUCCUGACUUCAUCUGCCAGCCGAAACACGAUAAAGCACAACAUGUUUUUUCUGGUUCUUUCUUGUUUGAAAAUAUGAAUAUGAAUGCUUCAUGUUUGCUGAUUGGCCGCAGUUGGUUUGAGUUUGAGUUUGAGUUGGUUUGGUUUGGUUUAAAGAGUUUAUUUAAAACUAAUAAAAUAUAAAUAAUGUUAAUUUUAUUAAGAUAGCAUUUUUUUAAAAUACUCUAUAAAAAUCUAAGAAAUAUAUCAAAAGAGGGUUUAUAUUUAUUACAUUUAGAUGAUGUGUAAAUCUACCCACCAAAAUUAUCUUGUUUAGUCAGAAAACAGGGAAUUCCAUAUAUUCCUAAAAACUAUGAAUUAACACAUGUGGAAUUAUAUCUGGAAUUAUAUACAUAACAAAAAAGUGUGAAACAACUGAAAAUAUGUCAUAUUCUAGGUUCUUCAAAGUAGCCACCUUUUGCUUUGAUUACUGCUUUGCACACUCUUGGCAUUCUCUUGAUGAGCUUCAAGAGGUAGUCACCUGAAAUGGUCUUCCAACAGUCUUGAAGGAGUUCCCCGAGAGAUGCGUAGCACUUGUUGGCCCUUCUGCCUUCUGUCUGCGGUCCAGCUCACCCCAAACCAUCUCGAUUGGGUUCAGGUCCGGUGACUGUGGAGGCCAGGUCAUCUGGCACAGCACCCUAUCACUCUCCUUCUUGGUCAAAUAGCCCUUGAUGCCUUCAGUGUGACUCUACAAUUUUCAUAGUCAUGAAAAUAAAGAAAACUCUUUGAAUUAGAAGGUGUGUCCAAACUUUUGGUCUGUACUAUAUAUAUGUGUAUAUAUAUAUUAUCUUAAAAUCAUA